AGCGGUGAAGAUGGACGUGAAUCAGCCGAAGCAGGAGCAUCUGCUCGCUCUGAAAGUGAUGAGAUUAACGAAACCAACAUUGUUUACCAACUUGCCAGUGACAUGCGAAGAUAGAGAUCUUCCAGGGGAUCUUUUUAGCCAGUUAAUGAAGGAUGAUCCUUCCACAGUUAAAGGAGCAGAGACUUUUAUGUUGGGUGAGAUGUUGACUCUUCCUCAGAACUUUGGGAAUAUUUUUUUAGGAGAAACAUUUUCAAGCUAUAUCAGUGUACAUAAUGACAGUGUGCAAGUUGUUAAGGAUAUUUUAAUUAAGGCUGACCUUCAGACUAGCUCUCAGCGUUUAAACCUGUCAGCCUCUAAUGCUGCAGUGGCUGAACUUAAGCCUGAUCGUUGCAUUGAUGAUGUAAUUCAUCAUGAAGUAAAGGAAAUUGGAACACACAUCUUAGUCUGUGCAGUUAGCUAUACAACACAAGCUGGAGAGAAGAUGUACUUUCGAAAAUUCUUCAAAUUUCAGGUCCUUAAACCACUUGAUGUGAAGACCAAGUUCUACAAUGCUGAAAGUGACCUCAGUUCUGUGACGGAUGAAGUCUUUUUGGAAGCCCAGAUACAAAAUAUUACAACUACCCCAAUGUACAUGGAAAAAGUUUCACUUGAACCGUCCAUUAUGUACAAUGUAACUGAGCUGAACACAGUCAAUACAGGAGAGAAUGGAUUUUCCACGUUUGGGAAAAUGACCUACUUGCAACCUAUGGACACAAGGCAAUAUCUAUACUGUCUCAAACCUAAACCUGAAUUUUCAGAGAAAGCUGGGGUCAUCAAGGGAGUCACAGUUAUUGGAAAAUUGGACAUAGUCUGGAAAACAAACUUGGGGGAAAGAGGACGGCUACAAACAAGCCAGUUGCAAAGAAUGGCACCUGGAUAUGGUGAUGUCAGACUUUCCUUGGAGAUGAUUCCAGAUACUGUAAAUCUUGAGGAACCUUUUGAAGUUACAUGUAAAAUAACUAACUGCAGCAGUGAGAGGACAAUGGAUCUGGUACUUGAGAUGUGCAAUACAAAUGCAAUCCACUGGUGUGGAAUUUCAGGAAGGCAGCUGGGAAAGUUGUGUCCAAAUUCAUCUUUACAUCUUGCACUCAAGUUGUUGGCUUCUGUUCAAGGUUUACAGAGUAUUUCAGGAUUACGUUUGAUGGAUACAUUUUUAAAAAGAACAUAUGAAUAUGAUGAUAUUGCACAAGUAUGUGUGGUCUUUUCGCACUGAAGCUAGAAAACUAAAAUCUUUUGUGAUGGUAUCUCCUUCUGUGGUUAACUGUGAACCUGUCAUUCAGUUUUAAUGAUGUGGCCCAUUUUUUUCACCAGUAGAAAAAAAAGCUAUCACCAUGUUGAUCUAAACCAAAUAUGUAAACUUCAUAAAUUAAGAUUUUGAGCAGUUGAUUGGGUUAAAACACCAUCUUGGAUCCUAAUUUCAAAUCCAGUGCAGACUGAUCAGAUGGUAUUAGUCUCUGUUUGUUGGAUGUAAAAAUUUUGCACAUAAGUUUGAGCAGUUGCAAUCCAUUUCUUUAUGGCAAUGACCCACUACUUGAAAUUGUUGAUAGAUUAAUGUUUGUGUUGCUUGACCUGCUUUUUUUUUCAUGAAAUUGGUGAUCUCAUGCAAUAUGGUUUAGAGUCGUCCUUUAGACUGUGAGAAAAGUGAAACUAACAAGCAAAAGCACAGGGUAUUUCUGAGAUUAGAGCAGAAAGCAACUCUGGGUGUUUGGAGGGAAUCCUUGUAUCCAGUUGUGUUGUACCUGACCUGAUACUGUUCAUACUAACUGUAUCCAAGCUGGUGUGUUGAUUCCAUUACACCUAAGCUCAUGCUGAGUAUAAAGUCUACAAUUUUUUUUACUGUUUGCACAAAAGUGGUUUUAAUAAAGCUUAUUAUUUGUUUAAAGAAUAUAUUACUUUUGAAAACAUUAGUGUUAUAUUAUUUUCUAUUAGUUUUGAAGGCAGCUUGUGUUCUAAAAUGAUUGAUUAAACUUUGUUUAAAAGUUGUGACUUUGAUGUUGUUGGAUUCAGUGGGCAAAUUUAAAGUGACUCAUUGUCUCAUUUACUAUGGGGAUCGUAGAAAAAAACGGUCCUUCUGGCCCACCUGCUUGCCGAUACUGAACUAUCCAAGUAUCUGUCUAAAUGCCUUAUAAACAUUAUAGAUAUAUCUUCUUCUACCACCUCUGGUGGUUCAUUUUAAAUACCCACUACUUUCUGUGUAGAAACUUACUACUUCUUUAAUCUGUGCCAUCCUGUUCUUGACUCUACCGUUGUGGAAAAAGACUGAUUAUCCUUUCUACGUGCCUCAAUUAUGUAAACUAUUCAGCCUGCUGUAUCCUAGCCUACUAACUGCUCCUUAUAAUUGGAGGCUCUAUUCCGGGCAAUAUCCCUGGGAAUAUUUUAUUUCAUUUAGAUAAAGCAUGGAACAGGCCCUUCUGGCCCAAUGAAUCAGCCACCCAGCAACCCACAGGACAAUUUACAAUGACCAAUUAACCCACUAACUGGUAUGUCUUUGGGCUGGGAGGAAACCCACAUGGUCAUAGGGAGAACAUACAAACUACUUACAGAUGGCACCAGAAAUGAAUCCAGAAUCCAAUGCCCUGAGCUAUAAUAGCAUCACACUAACCACUCCGUUACCAUGGUGCCCUAAGCACUCUGCACUCUAUUGCUAUCACAUCCUUGUGUGCCUUGACUAUUUUUUCCACUCUACUUAGAAGAAAUUAAGCCCAUUCUUGGAGAGUCUGUCUUAGUACUAAUACCACUGUGCACUGCAGCCAUAGGCAAGAAUUCCCCUUGACAGAGCCCUUGAGUGUUCCGUUAUCCUCUAAUCUCACUCCUCCUCUCUUCCAUAACCAGGAACAUUUCACCUUUUCCACAUCUUUUGUGACAUCAACAUUUUGAUUUGAAAGAUCACCUGUUGCAACUCCCAACACCUGCAAUGGGAUGCCACCAUAAAGGAGAUCUUCCCCUCCUCUGUUCUUUAAGUAUUCUAAGGGGAACAUUCACUCUUCCAUCUCCAAUAGUGUCUACUACCAAUAACCUUGACACACAGUGGAAUUAUUAUUGCUAUAUUCCCCAUAAAUAGCAAUACUGGAUGUCAGCAAUGACCAGAAACUCAGUUGAACCGGCCUUAUAAAUGCUGUAGCUAUAACAGCAGGUCUUAGUAUCCUGCCAAGAGGAGCUUGUCUCCUGAAGUCCAAAGAUGUCAAUAUCUUGAUCACAAAUUCACCAUCUACCAGUUGGAAUAGAUGCACGUGCCUAGAUGAGUACACUUUUGAAAUAAAUGGGACUUCCUAGUAGUGUCAGACAGUGACUAAUGGGGUGCUGUAGGGAGUGGUGCUUGGACUCUAGCUAUUCAUAAUGUACAUUGAUCUGAAUGAAGGAACCAAAUGGCAACUACAUACAAUUGGGUGGGAUUGUGGGAGGUGUUGUUGUCGUGGCUAUCCCUCAAGGUCAAGGAUGAUGGUCUUCAUUCUGUUGAUCUAUUUAUGGGCUCUUAAGUGGCUUAUGAGUCCAAUCUUGGCUUUGAAAGUUCUUCUGCAUUCAGGACAGGUAGCUCCAGAUGGCAGAUCGGGCUUUGGUUGUUGCUGCCUCUCUUUCCAUUUUCUUCUAAUUUUGCACAUCUGUUGGCUUCGAAAGUUGCUGUUCCUUCUCAGAUGAUGGCUUGCCAGAGUUUCCUGUCCUUGGCAUUGGUUUCCCAAUUGUUGAUGUCGAUGUUACAUUACUUCAUGUUGGCUUUUAAGACGUCUUUGAAUCUCUUCUGUGGAAGGUGUGUUUCUAUAAUUAUUGCAAAUGUAAUGACAAAGAAUAAAGAUUUGACAGAAACAUCAUCUUUUUAUGCAUUACUCUCCUUGUAAAAGACUUUGAAAAAACUUGCUUCAUUUGAUCAUGAAUAGCUGUUUAUGACCCCUGAUGCCAAGUUACAACUAUUGUUGAGAGAUUAACAUUAUUUAUCACGUGUACAUGGAAACUUGCAGUAAAACCUGCUGGUUGCAUUAACAACCAACACAAUCUAAGGAUUUGCUGAGGUAGCUUGCAAAUGUUGCCACACAUUCCAUUGCCAACAGAGCAUGCACACAAGGUUCAGCAGAAGAAAAGCAACAAAACAACUUUUCUCUCUCCCAUCUACCCACCCACCUACCCAUGGAUAGUCCUCUAAUCUGAUACUUCACCUCUACUCUUAAACUCAUAUCUAUGUCACUAUCUUUAUUUUGCUUUUUAUACAGUAACUAAAAUAUAAAUUAUAUUCCUAAUUUUCCCUGCUUUGCUGUCUGAGUUUUUUUAGUAUGAUCUAUUGAACAGCCUGACAGAAAUAUUGUUUUUUAAAACCAUAUGUCUCCUGUAGAUGGCACCAAAUUAAAGGUCCCAUCUGAAGAGAGGCCACUGACUGAGAGCUUGCUCCCAAGUAUCUGUGGGCUUCUUGGAAGUUAGCAUAACCUAGGUCAUUGUCUGAAAACUCCCAACCUCACUGAAAAUUCUAUUUCACAACAUGCCAUUACUUAGAAUCAGAAACAAUGGAACUGUAAAAACAAGAUUUGUUUAAUCUUGAAAGUCUUAAAAAGAAAAUACAAUGAAUUACUUAGUAAUUUAAAUGCAGUAGAAAC